AUGUUCGGACGGCCACCGUGGUCCGUGAGCCACCACAAAGGAUCCGUUGUAUAUAGCGUAUAUGCAGACCAGCGGAAGCACUCAUCAAUUGCAAUAUCUGGUUUCUCUCUGAACGUUGACGGUAAAAUUCGAAGUGGAAGACUUUGCGGCAUCUUUGACACCGUCAUUGACGAGAUCCCUUCUCACAUUGUUGCCACAAACGCGGCUCGCCGAAAUCGCCGCCGGCUGAUUUAUGUCUCCCUUGAUGGGAACCUGUCGAGCUGUCUGAUCAUUAGUUCGGCGCAUCAUUCAGGCCUUUACCGCCAUCGACUCGCGCCAGAACAGCUGCGCCGACAAUCCUUGUCCGCAAACGGAUUCGUCGCUGUCAUCGAUGCUAAUCUGCAGACGGACUCCACCAUGAUAGGAGAGCCGAGAUCUAGGAGGGUCAGGGUGGAGAUUCGGAACGGUUAUCGGCGGCAGCGCAGCAUCCAGGCUUUCUUACGGCGUAUGUUUCCCGCGGAGUAUUGGCCUGACCAAUCUCCUGUCUAUCGGGAUCAACUUGCAAGAAGAUCGAGUGUUGAUCCUGACGUUGACCCCCUUCACAAUCACACUUCUGGUGAGGCAAUGACGAGAGCUCUUGUCAUAUCCAGAAGCUUCUCUCACGGCGACUGGGCAACGCAACCUCGUCAUGACGACUCUGCAUGUUCUCGCGGCGAGAAUACUUCAAUGCCCAGGCUGGCCUUUCCAUCAGAGCGCGAAGUGAUGAAACGCCAGCUACCCAAGCCUCACAGUCAUGGUUCGGGAGGUUUCCUAGUGCUCAUGCCAUUCAACAUGAGGGUCGUCUCGUGA